AUGGAGAAAGUAAGGAAAAAAUUAAAGAAGGAGUCUGACGCGACGCGACGCAACGGCAGGACUUGCGCCUAUACGCCGAGUAUGUGCCGAAUGUGCGCUCGAGUGCGCGAUACGCUGCGGAAAAGUGGCGGAUAUGAGAACCCCACCUGGUCCGGACCGCGGGCGCGGCCUUUCCCCUCGGACUAUAAAGCCACUACAACUCCACUUCCACCAAACAUUCGCUCGGCGUUCCGUCACUCAUUUGCUCUCACCAUGUGGCUGCUUAUCCUCGCAGGUCUCUUGACAAUCUCUGCUGGAGAGGAAACCAGCGUCGCCAAGAAGACGGUAUCAUCGGUGGCCAAUGCCGAUGACAUUGUUUUGCUAGAGAUUGAUAUCAAAGAUCCUGUCAAGAGGUCACCAGUUUCAAGCAGCGCCAUUUAUGGGGCUUCACCUAGCCAAUUCGUUAUUCGACACGGUGAUGACUCUCAAGAGCCUCGCACUUCUAAGCACCGUGUAAUCGCUGAAUCGGAUGGUACACCUAUCGCGCAAUUUGCCGGUCACGAUCCUUCUCCGAUUGUGAUAUCUAGUCAACAAAUUAAUGCCGAAAAUAGUAAAAUCAAUCAAAACAGACUAAUUAAACUCCUGACUGCUCGUGGCGGUGUCGCCGAGUUGGGUUUUAGUCACGACAAUACAACUGGGACAUUGAUUGAAGAUGUCGGUCACGUCCGAGCGCGUGUUCUUUCCGCGAUGCUAACUGCGAAACACGCGGAACCAACCGGAGAACGCGUUUCCACUCGUCGUAUCGUUGUUAGCAAACCAAUUGAAAUUUUUCAAGAAUACGAUAUCGUGGAACCUGCUACAAAGAUCGAGAGAGUCUCCGUACAAGAACCGACGUUGAUUAAGACCGCUCAUCAUGUGGAUCAUGUGCAAGUGCACGGAUCCAUACCAAUCGUUGGGAAGGCCCUUACACCCGUGGCUCACGCAGCAGUUCCAGUUUAUCAGGAAACCAUUUCUCCGACGUUUUAG